UUAGUGUCCUUUUGAUCGUGCCACUAACCAGUCUGAUAUGCAUUUUCUAUACGAGCAUAGUAAGGCGGCAUUAAUGGCGUCGUUUGGACAGAUGUCAUACAAGGAGUAGUCAUGAUUGGCGGCAUGGGCUUUGUCAUAGUCAAGGGCACUGCGGACUUGGGUGGUUUGUCGGUGGUGCUGGAAUGCAAUCGUCAAUUCGAGCGCUUGGUGGAUCCCGACAUGACACUUGAUCCGAUGGCUCGCAUGGGCGUGUUAGCCUUGUUUAUGGGCGGCUCCUUCUUUAAGCUGCAGGCCAAUUGCAUUAACCAGACGGCAGUCCAGCGUUAUAAGCAGGCGCUUUUAUUGUGUCUGAUAGGCUUCAUGCUUGGGAUGGCCAUGCGCAUCUAUCUCGGCGUGCUCGCCUUUGCCGCCUACUACCAUUGUGAUCCCAUCACCACGGGUCUGGCACGUGCCAAGGAUCAGGUGAUACACUUGUAUGUGAUGCAAAGCGCUGGGAUGGUGCCCGGCAUUGUGGGCCUGUUUGUUGCCGGCGUGUUUAGUGCCGCACUCAGCUCGCUCUCCACCGCACUCAAUUCAUUGUCGGCGGUGGUGCUGCAGGACUUUGUCGAGCCCCAUCGCAGUCGCCCACUGACCGAGCGUCAGACUGCCUAUAAGCUGAGAGGCAUGGUCGUCGUGUUUGGGCUCAUCUCAAUGGCGAGUGUGCCCAUUGUGCAGAAAUUGGGCAUAGUCAUGCAGCUAUCGUUCACAGUGGCUGCCAUCACCUGUGGCCCCCUGCUCGACGCCUUUUCAGUUGGCAUGCUCCUGCCGUUCGUUCGCUCAGCUAACCAAUUAUUGCCCCAUUUAUGUUUCUAUUGCAGAGUUUGUUAACGGGCAUCAGCCACCAGCUUCACAGCUUACAUCGUUGUGCGAGCACAGAUUGCCAUGGCCACCGGCCAAAUGAUUUUCCUCACCAAACCCGUUUCCGUGGAGGAGUGCAACUACAGCUUCGAGCUGCGCUCCAACUGGAAUGCAACGACCAGCGCAACGCCCCCCGAGGCCGAGAGUCACAGCCUGCAUGAGCUCUCGUUCCUGUGGUACACCAUGAUUGGCUCUGUGGGCAUGCUGCUCUGCUCGCUGCUGGCCACGCUCUACUUUGGCAAGCAGGAUGUGCGCCUGGUCGACAAGGAGCUGGUUACGCCAAUUUUGCAGAGCUAUUGGUAUGGAGCGUACGCGAUGAUGCAGAAACUAAGCAGCUGGAGCUGCACGAGCAAAUUAAGCUGGAGGGGAAGACGGACCCGAGCCCAAACUGAUUCGAUUCAAUAA